CCAUCAUUCCAUGUCAGGAAAGUUGGAUUCGGACUCGUUAUUGCAGGAUCAAUAAAUAUUAAAAAUGCGGUUUUAUGUGUAAUAUACGAGAAUUGGUUAUUUGAAAUCACUGUUAACUUUAUUGGACUUAAAUAUAGUGAGUGUCUAGUGUUUUCAAUUAUAAACUUUCAUCAUUGUCGUCGCGAACACUUGAAGUGCAUUGCCGUAGAGAAAUGACGGGACAGUCCUUUAUCUUGGACAAAAAGUGAAGUGUUAGCCUUUAAUAACGAGGACUCGUUUUUGUCAUUAUGUAGUAAGAACGUUGUGGUUUUAUUACAUUUUUUUUAAUAAAAAUUGUAUUUUCUGCAUUGCUUUAUUGUUAUGUCGUCGAGAUGAUGUGGAUUUGCGCAGCGGUGGCGGCCGCUGUAAUAGCCGCUUUGAGUGUUCGGGGUGAACAAGUUAUGUUGCUUGACACAACCACGGAGGCGACUCUUGGUUGGACACGUUAUCCUUACGGCCCAUUAGCGAGUACACCAGGUUGGUUGGAAGAAUCUUACACUAAUUUUGAGAAACAAAUUAACUGGCGCUCUUAUGUUGUCUGCGACGUUGCUCACCAUAACGUCAAUAAUUGGUUAUGGACUCCAUUUAUAGAAAGAAGAAAUGCAAAUCGUAUUUACAUUGAAAUAAAAUUUACUAUCAGAGACUGCUCCCUUUUCCCAGGAAAUGCCCUGAGUUGUAAGGAAACUUUUAGCCUGCUUUAUUAUGAAUUUGAUGUCGCGACUAGGGAACAACCACCUUGGGAACCUGAAAGCUAUAAGUUAGUUGGCCGUAUAGCUGCUGGGGAGGGUAGAUUUAAUACAAAUUCAGAAGUUGAUAUAAAUACAGAAGUGAAAAGCAUUGCUGUUACCAAGAGAGGUGUUUAUAUAGCAUUUAGAGAUCAAGGAGCAUGUAUUUCCAUAUUAGCAGUAAAAGUUUACUAUAUUACAUGCCCUGAAGUAACUAUCAAUUUUGCAAAAUUUCCGGCUACCCCAACUGGUAGAGAAGUAACUGUUAUAGAAACGGCUAAUGGGACAUGUGUUGAACAUGCGGAAAUAGCUGCUGGAGAGUCUGCCCCUGUUUAUUUAUGUAAAGGAGAUGGUAAGUGGACACUGCCAAGUGGAUCAUGUAAAUGUCGUGCUGGAUAUGAACCAGAUCAUAACAAUCAAAUAUGUAAUAAAUGUUCACCUGGGAAGUUCAAAGCACAUACUGGAGAUGAAUCGUGCAUUCCAUGUCCUGAUUAUUCUGAAUCAACUGUCUUUGCUGCAGUAGAAUGCAAAUGUGUUCCAGGUUUCUUUAGGGCGAAGAAAGAUCCAAAAAAUAUACCCUGUACUCAACCGCCAUCUGCACCAGAUAAUUUGACUGUUACUUUUGCUGAUCAAUUUUCCAUUUCAUUGGCAUGGCAACCGCCUCAUGUAACAGGUGGUCGCAGUGAUGUUACUUACAAAGUGCAUUGUUCAAAUUGCGCUUCUAAUAUUGAGUACAGACCUGCAGCAUCUGGGUUAAACUCAACAAGGGUUACAAUCAUGGGAUUGGAACCAGUAACAGAAUAUAAAUUUCAAGUAUUCGCUUUAAAUGGUGUAUCUGACUUAACUGGUGAAUCACCAAAAAAGGUAGAAAUAACAGCAGUUACUGAAGCAUCUGUUGUUAGUGUAAUAACUAAACUGAGAGUAGUAAGUGUUGAAAGUGACAAGUUAUCUUUAGCUUGGAACCCGCCACCCAUUGAUUUAACGGACCCUGAUGAUAGUAUAGAAAGCUAUGAAGUCAAAUGUUUCCCUAAAGAUCAUAUGGAAAAAAGUGCAAAUGCUACUGUUAGGAUUACUAAGGAACCACAUGUUAUAAUAACAGGUCUGAAAAGAGACACUGAAUAUGGCAUAAGAGUUAGGGCAAAAAUGAAAAAAGGCUGGGGUGAAUUGAGUGGCAUUGUUUAUGCUCGUACUGGAUCUGUACUUGAAACAUCAUUUGUUGGAGAAGAAGAAGGUGCUCAAGUUCGCUUGGUUGCUGGUGUUAUGGUAGCCGUUGUUGUACUUUCAGUUAUUGCAAUUAUUGCAACUGUUCUAUUCCUACGGUCACGAUCUGAUGAUGAAUGUGAUAAAAAGCAACCAAGUGAUUGUAAUGCAUUGAAUUAUCGUAAUGGAGAAGUUUAUACUGGUCCUGACAGACCUGCAAAGACAGGAAGCAAUGCAACAACACCUUUAUUUGCAGGAACUGGUUCCAGAACAUAUAUUGAUCCUCACACUUAUGAAGAUCCUAAUCAAGCAGUAAGAGAGUUUGCUCGUGAAAUUGACGCCUCAUGUAUAACAAUUGAAGCAAUUAUUGGAGGUGGUGAAUUUGGAGAUGUGUGUAGAGGAAAAUUAAAGAUACCGGCUAGUGGUGGGCAAGAAAUAGACGUGGCUAUUAAAACUCUAAAACCUGGAUCAACUGAAAGAGCUAGAAGAGAUUUCUUAGCUGAAGCUUCUAUAAUGGGACAAUUUGAACAUCCAAAUGUGAUAUUUUUGCAAGGUGUUGUUACGAAAUGUAAUCCGAUAAUGAUAAUAACGGAAUUCAUGGAAAAUGGUUCCUUGGAUACAUUUCUACGAGCAAAUGAUGGCAAAUUUCGUGUUUUGCAAUUAGUUGGUAUGCUGCGCGGUAUUGCUACAGGCAUGCAAUAUUUAUCCGAAAUGAACUACAUUCAUAGAGAUCUAGCGGCCCGCAACGUUCUAGUUAAUCAACAACUUGUUUGUAAGAUAGCGGACUUCGGGUUGUCUCGUGAAAUUGAAUCGACUGCAGAUGGAGCGUAUACUACGCGAGGAGGAAAAAUCCCCGUUCGUUGGACGGCCCCUGAAGCUAUUGCUUUCAGAAAGUUUACUUCUGCAAGUGAUGUUUGGUCCAUGGGUAUUGUUUGUUGGGAAGUUAUGAGCUUUGGGGAGCGUCCUUACUGGAAUUGGAGCAAUCAAGAUGUCAUUAAGUCCAUAGAAAAGGGAUAUCGGCUACCAGCACCUAUGGAUUGCCCGGAGGCUGUCUAUCAGCUUAUGCUUGAUUGUUGGCAAAAAGAACGUACACAUCGCCCCACUUUUGCGAGUAUUGUGAAAACUUUAGACAAACUCAUUCGUUGUCCUGACACUUUAAGAAAGAUUGCUCAAAAUCGUUCAGCUGACCCACUUGCAGGCGAUACACCAGAUAUGAUUCAGUUUUCUUCGGUUGAAGAAUGGUUGGAAUGUAUCAAAAUGUCUAGAUACAUUGAAAAAUUCAGAACAGCUGGCAUCACAGACAUGAAUGCCGUUGUGGAUCUCACAGUUCAUCAACUUGCAUCCUUAGGUGUGACAUUGGUCGGGCAUCAAAAGAAGAUCAUGAACAGUGUUCAAAGUAUGCGUGCUCAAAUACGCGUCAGUGGUCCUUAUGGUUUUCUGGUGUAACGAAGUGUAGGGAGUGUAAAUGUGAACAUACAAAAAAAAGACCCUCGGAUUUUGGUUUCUCAUAAAAACGUGAUUCAAAUACAGUGAUCUAUAUAAAUAAAAGUGCAUUUUGUAUAUUUUUCUAAUAAAUUGGACUGUCAUAGGAAUAGACUUAAUGUAAAACAGAUUCAUCUUAUCUGUUAUUAUUAGAUUUUAAGGAAAGAUCUUACUUUGACACAGAAUGGAUGGAUAAGUCUCGAAGGAAAUAACUGUUUUUACCAUAGCUUUAUGAAACUACCGUCUCUGUAGUGACUGUACAACGAACAAAGAGCCAUAGCCAAGUUUUAAAUGUGAACAUAUUUAUAAUGAUUUGACAUUGUUAUUUCAAAAUUAUAUACACAUAUAUAUAUAUAUAUUAUUAUUAAUAAAUGGGGCCUGCAACAAUUUUUUUAAUUUCAUAUGAUAUGGCCAUUUAUUUAUUUAAGGAUCCAUUGUUUGUUAGUAAGCUUUUUUCACCAAUAUUUAUUUGGUUACAGAAGUUGGAAAAACAUUUUAAUAUGUGAAAAUACUUAGCUAUGAAAAUAAUAUAUAGCAAUAUUGUGGCUAUCAAUUGUAAUAUCUGUCUUAAGUAUAACUAUAUGGUAGGUAGCUAAAUUUGCUGUAAUGAUUUUGAUAUAUUUGUGUUUAUAAAAAUUAAAUAUUUUAAAUGUUAGGAUACCAGGUUCUAGGGUAAGAAUGUGUUAGUCUAUGCCACUUAUGAAAUUUUAUUUAUCAAAAUUCAAUUUUAUACUGCCAUUGUGAUCAAAUUCUGUACUUAACUAGCUUAUAAACUUGCCACAGUGUAAUUUAUUAUUUUAAGUGUACUAUUAUCUAUUCUUAUUUACAUGUAUAUAGGGUAUAUAAUAUUUGUUAAACCAAACCCUGCUUUAAUUUUCGUAAAAGAAAUUAUUAUAUUUAUAUAUAAUUUGAGUUUGGGUAAUUCUUGUAUUUUUAUGGCUGUGUAGUACACAUCAUCUUGAAAAUGUCGAAUGAGAUACUUUUGAAGAUACACUCUCAAAGUAAACUCUGUAUCUUGUGUGAUGUACUGAUAAUUUUUAUAUUUAAUGGAUAUAUUCAUUUUAGAUCUGUAAUUUGGAAGGGUAGAAAUAUUGUAGGUUAAAAAUAAUACUGCCAACAUAGUUUUAAGGGCUUCAUUUCUAUUCCAGGCUUAUUAGGGUCAUGACUCCGAUCGCUUCUAUCCUGCUAUGCAAUGUUAGUGAAAUUCGUAUUGAAUGUAUAACUGCUGAGCGACUCUUUUUUGAUAUAAUCACAUGUGCAGCUUGCGAAUUCUAUUUGAUAAGCAUUUGUAGUUUAGUUUCAUUAUAGUUUUUCAGACGUACAUAUGAUUCGAUACCUUGACUUUUUUUUCCAUAACACACCCUGGGUAAUACGUAUUUUUUUUUUUUUUUUUGUGAAUUUUUAUAUAUCGAAACACAUUAUUUUAUAUAAAUGUAUAUUUUAUAACAGUUAUCGCCUGACGUAUUUUCUUAAUGUGUAGAAAAUAUUUUUUUUUAUUUUAAUAGGGAAUGUAAAUCAUGCCUUAAAUAUACGCAAACACAUAUAUAUGUUUAUAUGUAUGUGUUACAUGAUUUCUAAUACGUUUAAAAUUUUGUACGUGUGAUAUUUAAGAAGUGAAAAGAACCACGGUUCAUUGAAAUUUAAUACAUCUAAAGUAAAACAUGCCAUAUUGCGGUUUAAAAUUAUCGCAACGAUAUUUACACUUGUCUAAGUUAGUUUGCAUUAAUGUAGCUUAUUUUUUGUCCUCGAUUCCUGUGUAUGUUCGUUUUGUAAAUAUUUAAUCACCAGAACCCACGUAUAGAAUCACCUAAUGUCAUUCCUUUAUAAGACUUCAUUGAAUUAAUCAUCACCAGGAUCGCCAGUGUCGAUAUUUGCCGAACGGACGCACCAAGUUGUUAAUAAUAGGUUAAAGGACACCAUUUAUCAGUUCAAAUGCCAAACAAAUUUUCCAAUCAUUUUAUUUGAGGGUACAUUAGCUUGCCCCAUACAUUAUAUUGCCGAUUGAAACACUUGAUAAAUUUACAUUCAUGUAAAACAUACGUUACAACUGCCAUUUAUAUCACACGAGUCCAAAUAACUUGAGGAGUUUGGUUAUAGAAGUAACACAUAAGAAAAAUAUUCCUUUGUCAACGAACAAAACUAAGAUUUUGGCCGGAAGCUUCCCAACCACUAUAAACAAUCCCAAGAAAAUUUGCAAAACUCUUCCUUUCAUGUCGUCUUUUAGAGUAGUUGUUCAAUGCCCGCAUUUUUUUUUGUACUUCCACAGUAGACAUACUCUUGAUACUAAAGUUUUUAAUGGCAAAGAAAUGUUUCAUUAAUAAUAGUGUUAAAUAAUUAUUAUCUGUCAAUUCCGAGUUUACACGUAUUUUGAUUGAUCGUACACACAAAGAAGACUUAUAGAACCGUAUGUUCUCACAAUGAUUCUUAAAUAGGCUGUAAGUACAUGUAAGUAGAAUAAAAUGUCGGAGUACGGUAUGUAAAGGGUUUUUAUCGACGCGAUUUAGUUCACAGUUAAAAAAAAUUUUGUCACUGUCUUCCAAUGAUAAACUUUUUAAAUCUUUGCUCUGAUUACAAGCGAGAACAUAAAAAAAAAAAUAAUCGUAACAGAUCACACAUACAACAAUAUGUGAAUUUUUGUUUUAGAUUACAUAUAAUUUGUAUGCAAACUGUACGUAAACACCAAUUAUCAUAUCCAAUAUUCAAUGUAGAAAUAAUAUUUUUAUUAGAAUUAUAUAAUGGGUCGAGAACGCGUUAUUUAUGACCUUCAUUAAUAUUGACGAAUAAAGAUGCUAAGAUUUUUGAUACACGAUACGGGAACGAUGUUUUUUUUUUUAUUCACGUCUGUACGCUUAUUCUAAGUUUUAAGCGCUGCACUGCAUACGAAGCGUUUUCCGUUUCUCAUUAGAUAUUAACGUGCGACGGUUUAUUAGUUUAAAAACUGCUAACGCCCCGUAAGCAGUGCCGAUGCAAACUUAAAAUAGGAUUGCUGGUUGUCUUAAUGUAACUUUUUUUAGUAUUUGUUAUAUCGUGGUUUAUAUUUUGAAGAUUUCAAUAAAAUAGCUCUUAUUAUUUUCGAUUCCUUUUAUUACAUUUAUGUAUAUAUAUAUUUUUAUUAUAUAUAAUGUCUGUAAAAUGUGUUUCCAAUAAUAAACUGUAAGCCUAAAGCAAUAAACUCGCCUUCCCUUAGAAGGUAAUAUGACAUUCGUACAAGAAAAUAUUUUAAAUAAAUAGUUUGUAUAUUUAUACAAUUUUUCCUCGUAAUCUCUCAUUAAAUGUAAAACUUAAUUUAAUAACAUCUCUAGUUAUACAUUUCUUAGGUAGUAGGUAUGUGUAAAUUUACAAGAGCUCUACACACUUAUAGACACAGUUAUUAUUCAUAUAAUUAAAGAUUUAUAGUCUCAAUUUUUUAUAUGUUAUAAGUAUUGAUUUGAUGAGGGAAGGUCAUACAUUUU